AUAUGGCAGCGCCCAUCGAACUCGUGGUUUAGUUUAUUCCUCGUUGCUGGUUGAGGAAAGAACUCGUGGUUUAGAGCAGAUCAAUCGUCCAGUGUGAGUUAUAUUUUCACAGUGAAAUCACGAUGGGCAAGAAAAAGAACAACGCGGAUAAAGUUAGAAACAGGACUUCAGCAUCUAAAGAAAAGAAGUUGAAUCCUUUUGAGUUUAAGAUUAAUCGUCAAAAACAUUUUGUCGUGGGUAGAAAUAAUCAUAACACUGGACAAGUUGGAAAGCCUGGGCAAUCACGCUCGAAGGCAAACAAACGUCGAAUGCAAACAUUGCUGGUUGAGCUGAAGCAGUCUGGAAAAGCUAAUGUCUUCAGAGACCAACGUUUAGGUGAAAAGAAUCCCAGUCUAAGCGCAGAAGAAAAGGCUAUUCAGAGAUUUGCCCUGGAAAGGAAAAGCCAGAACCAGCGAAAGGGAUUGUUGGAGAUAGGAGAGGAGGAAGAACUAACUCAUUAUGGACAGUCUUUGGCAGACAUUGAGAAGUUUGAAGAUCCCAUUGAUGACAGUGAUCUAGAGGAGGAUGGUCGCAUUAGUGGAAAAAUGGUAGCAGAUGAACACUUUGGAGGAUUUCUGACUCACAAAUCUGAGACAUCCGAAAAGAAGAGCUGGAAGGAAAGAAUGGGAGAAUUAAUUUUACAAACAAGGAAAGAAAAGAUGGAAAGGCAGACCGAGAAGGACAAUGUUGCUCGGCAAACAGAAGAGUUGGACAAGGAAUGGAAAGCUACUGUGCUCCCAUCCAGGAAAGAAGAUAAAAAAAUUGUUGAUGACUAUGACAUAGCUGUAAACAUGCUACGAUUUGAGACAAAAGGAAAGCCAUCUGAUAGAUUGAAAACUGAAGAAGAAUUGGCCAAAGAGGAAGCAGAACGUCUUCAAAGAUUAGAGGCAGACAGAAAGCGACGCAUGAUGGGAGAGUCAGACAUCAGCAGUGUGCAUUCUACUCAUGUUUCAGCAGACAGCCUUGAAGACAGCACUUUUGGCAAUAAGCUGUCACUUCCCAGAAAAGUGCAGUAUCAAGAAAAUGAAGAGAAUGAUGGAAGUGACAAUGAUGAUGAUGACAACAAAGAAGAGAAUAAAGAUGAAGAUGAUGACAGUGAUGAUAAUGAAGAUGAUGAUGAUGAUGAUGAUGAUGAUGAUAAUGAUGACCUUUCUUCUGAUGAGGAAGAUGAAGAGGAGGAAGCAGCACAGAAAGUGCUAGAGGCCUUUUUAAUAAAGAAAGCAGAAAAGGAACAGGGAGCGAUAAAAUCUAUUCUCAAGAAAAGGCCUGUGUCUGAGGAACAGAAAAAAGUUGCAGAGGCUGCUAAAAAGGAGUUACCUUACACUUUUGAAGCUCCGGAGAAUUAUGAAGGUCUCCUAUCAUUAUUGGCUGAUUUGUCAAUUGAUCAGCAGCUGCUAGUGAUAGAACGGUUGUAUGCCUGUCAUCAUCCUAGUCUGGCAGAAGGCAACAAGCAGAAGUUAGAGCAACUCUUUUCACAACUCCUGCAAUAUCUAAUGGACAGCAUGGCUCAGGAAGAUCCUGUUCAGCUAUUUGAUAGCAUGACAGCAACAUUAUACAAACUGAUGAAGCAUAAUCCAGAUUCUGGUGCAAGUGCAGUUCUUCAGCUGCUGCUGAAUAGGCAUGAAGAGUUUCAGCAAAUCUGUCAGCGCCGAAGUGGCCGAGGCAAAUACAUGGGACUGGAUACAAUGCUGCUGCUGAAGCUGAUUCAUGUGUUGUUUCCUACAUCAGACUUUCGGCAUCCAGUGGUGACACCUGCCUUCUAUUUCAUUACUAGCAUGCUUGGUCAAAGUCCUGUUCAGAAUGAAGGAGACGUGGCUGCAGGACUUUUUCUUUGCGUGCUAAGUCUAGAGUAUGUGGCAGAGUCCUCGCGGUUUAUUCCAGAAGCCAUCAAUUUCUUGCAUGGACUUCUUUUCAUGGCAGCAGAGAAAGAUCCAAACAAAGUAGAGAAAGUAUUUCCUCCUUUUAAGCCUGUUGGCCCUAAUGUUGAUCUUCUGAAGAUAGACCAGGACUUUCAAGGUGAUAUUCCUGCCCUAAGUAUUUCAAGAACACUUGGUGCAGGUGUACAGAAACAAACUUUGGACACAGAUGAUUUCAGAGUGUCUGCCAUCAGCACCACUGUACGGCUACUACAGGAAUUCUCCCACCUGUAUCACAAAUUGCCAGCUGCUGUCCAGGUGUUUGCACCAAUCAGAAUCAUGCUUAACAAAUUACCCAUCAAGAAAUAUCCCACUGCAUUACAGGAAAGCAUUAAAAAGCUUUCUUCAACUUUGGAAAAGGAUUCCCACAUGAAAGUCUUGCCACUCACUAUGGAAAAGAAGAAGCCACAGCCUCUGAGACAAUUUGAGCCUAGAGUAGAGGAGGUGUUUGAUGGGAAAAAAAAAAGAAAAGGCAACCGUGAAUUCCAGGAGAAACAGAGACUCCAGCACAAGUUGAAACGAGAAUAUAAAGGAGCACUUCGUGAAAUCAGGAAGGAUUCACGAUUUCUAGCCAAACAACAGCUAAAGGAAACACUAGAACUGGAUAGUGAAAGGAAGAGGAAGCUGAAUCGCCUAUAUGCUGACCUAGCCUUGCAAGAAGGUGACUUCAAAGCACUCAAGAGACAGAAAAACAAAUCUUAAGACUGCUCUAGUGGUCUUUAGCCAUUGUGAUAGGCAGCUAUGGGACUUCUGAACUGUGGACUGAUCUUUCCCCAUAAAAAAAGCUCCAUGUGUGCGUGUGUACAUAGGAACAAGUGUGAGAGCAAAAAUGUUAAGCACUGCAAAGACAGGAAUCCAUUUUGUUAAAAAUGAGAGAAAAAUUGAUGUACAAUGUGUUGGCGCAGAAACAUUUAAUAAAAUAUAAUAAUAUG